CAUUCUUAGGUUCAUGUGAUCACUGACAUAAAACUUUAAGUUGUUAACGGCGGCAACGGUAAACCGUCGUACACGGAAUUGAAAAUAUUGUUUUAAUACAAAAAAUGCCACGAACGAAAGGUGCUCGGAAGUCGAAACAGAAUCAACAAGCCGAGGAAGAAUGUGAUUUAUUAGUAAGAGAUUUUAAGAGACGAGCUCAGUUACAGAUCUUAAAAAUGGAGGCAGAUUCGAAAAUGACGAUAAGAAGUUUCGAAACAUUUAUUGACGUUACUGUGUCUCGGAUUCCGGCGGAGAUACGGCAAAUGACUCUUGGCGAAAUACUUAGCUACGAAGCGGACGAUCAAAAGGAGAAUUGCACUGAAGUUUCGUCAUCUGUCGACGAUUGUUCAUUACAACCGCCCUCAAAGGUAGCAACAGAAAAGAAAACUACAAAGAGAAUUACUACUGCAUCCGACGAUGGAUACGUGACGGAAGGAGUUACGAGAUCUAGUCGUGCUUCUAAAACUAUAAAAGAUGUCGAAUCCUCAAGAAACUUCAGAAGAACACGUAGCACUUCUCGAAACAGAAAGAUAAAUCUUAGCGUAGUUAAUCAAGAAACUGUAAAGAAGACUAGAAAGGAACGUGGUAAGGAAUCUAUGAAAGCUGAUAAAUUUAAAACUCCUGCAUUAUUAAGGCCAGACAAUAAUGAAUUUGGUCUUGUGACUCCAAAAGUUAAACCAAAUACUCCAUUAAAUAUAUUAAGACGUCCACGGCAAGGGGAAAUGGUUCUUAGUAUGCAAGGCAGCCCCUUAUUGGUCACUUCAAUUGUACAAGAAAACUUUGCUAAUGUUAAUGUGCCUUUAAGCAAUGGCAACGUAAUAUCUUUAUUGCCUAAAGAUGGAUUACUACGUAUGUCCACCAUUCCAGCAUUGGAUACAGAAACCAUGCGGCAGUUGGAAACUUUAAAAAGUCACAUUGAAAAAGUUAUUUCAACAAAAUGAUAAAUUUUCUUAGAAUAUAUUGUACGUGUGAAUGUUAUGAGUACCAAUGGACAAAAUAAUUUAAAAUUGGUCUGUUUGAAUGUUUUUUUUAGCAUAAGUAGAAUAAUAAGUGCCUUUGAUAUUUGAGCAACCUUUUCUAUUACCUUUUACAUAUAAUAAUUACAAAUGUGUUGUAUAUUAAUAUAAAGCUGAGUCACUAAGAUACUUGUGUAAAGAAAUGUUUCCAGAAUUAACUGUUUGAAGCAGAA